AUGUCCACAGAAGUGAUACCGCAGAAGACAGAAGAAGCGAAAGAGUCUUUCUCCUAUGCGUCACAUCCUAAACCUCUGCAGGCCAGGCGCAAAUUCCGCAACGAUCCGGGAAACGAGCGUUAUGGAAAUCUCAUGUUCGAUCGUCGUAUCGUAAGAGGAAAUACAUAUGCUCAAUCUACAUUUCCUCCUACCACCCAGAUAAACUGGUCCAAUGCGGUUAUCGACCGAGCACAACUUCAGGACAAUCCGAUGGAUCUCCAGCGAAAGGCUGAGAAGAAGCGAGCCAAGGAGGCGAGGCUUCGACAGGAGAAGGAGCUUGAAGACAGCCGCAAAUCUCCUCUUCCUGUCGACGGAAGACGACACAUCAACGUCCAGACUGAAACAUACCUCGAAGAACUGACUAACCGAGUAGAAGAAGCCGAUGUGACUUGCCAGACGGAUCUGUUCCUGGACCGCCCUCCAACUCCAAAGUACAUCCCCGCCAAGACUGGCGUCGACACCUCCACUCAGAUCAUGCCCCACGAGCUCUUCGACUUCGACAUGGAGGUGAAGCCAAUUCUCGAAGUGCUCGUCGGAAAGUGCGUCGAACAAUCCCUCGAAGAAGUCUUCGAAGAAGAAGAACUCGAGAACCUCAGAGAGCAGCAGCGAAAGUUCCACGAGGCCCGAAAACGAGAGGUCUUGGCUACGCAGCGGCUGGAAGAACAAGAACGGCGACUUACAGAUGAGCGCGAACGACGAAUCACCCAACAGAGAGAAGUCCGCCGAAAAGAGAAACAGACGGCUGAAAAGAUCGCUGCCCGUGCUUAUGCACAGAACUAUCUCAUGGACAUGAUUCCAGUGGUCUUCGGCAAGCUGCGAGAUUCGGGCUACUUCUUCGACCCUAUCAAGCGCGACAUCGAAAUGAACUUCAUGGCAGACCUCAUCAAGAAAGUCCAGGGCAAGUGCGACGAAUCGGAACUUGCGCGACUCAUCGCCGACGAACUCAUUCGCCAUGUCGUCAUCUCAAGGCUGGAGGAGUACGAGUAA